AUGGACACGCGACAUGCUGCUGUCAAAGUUUCCGGUAUUCUCACUUUGCCAGCGGAGACAGUUUUGUAUGUUUUAGCACAUCUCGACUACAGAUCGCUGUUGAGAUGUGGACAGUGUUGCCAGAGGUUACUGCAACUGUCAAAAGACGAUGGCCUUUGGAAAAGACUAUGCAGAUCAAAUUUUCUGGUUGAACGAUGUACAAAUGACCAAGGCUGGAGAACAACUUUUGAAGAUUACUUUAGAGAAUAUGGAAUGUAUAUCAGUUGUUACAAGGAUAUCAAAAAGAGGCCUGGAAUCAGAUUGAAACUUAUUUUAUAUCGAAGGGUGGCCCAGAAAUCAGUCCUAAAAUCACUUAAUGGCCCUGCAAGUGAAGGUGUACUGGAGAGUGCAGAGAGGAAAAUCGGACACAGAUUACCGCUGGAUCUGCGCUGUUCUCUCAGGAUACAUAAUGGCCAGGGCACCUUUCACAGAAACGCCUGUUUUAUGAACACUGGAGAUGUAGGUCACACACCUGUGAAGUCUGAAUUCCUUGUGGACGCCAUGACAUUAGCAGUAAAAUACAAGGACAGUGGAGAGCUCCGUGGCUGUGCUCCUAUCACGUACUGUGGGUUUUCCAAUUUUAACGCUGGACAAAUGAUAGCUGUGACGGAGGAGGGUGGGCACACCAUUGGAGAAGUCUUCUUCCCAGUUUUACGAAGAGAAGGGUUCACUCAAGUUGACCAGUUUAUUGCAGGGCAAACAUUCAGGAAUUGGUUGACAGGCCUGGCCCAGGCUCUGGCUGAGGACCGUUACAUAUGGCAGGACGAUAUGCUUACUAUGUUUUACCGUGAGCCAAGCUGUGUGGCAAUCACCAAUGAGAUGUUCCGUGUGGAAGUGGCCACAUGUUUCCUGCCUGAGAUGAGCUGUGUCAUCCCUCCUCACUUUACCUUCAUGUAUCACAUCACGAUGUCCAUGUCAGAGUCAGCUCCUCCUCAGUGCUCUUGUCAGUUGGAGACCCGUCACUGGAUCAUAACAGACGAGGAGGGGAAUGAGGAGAGGGUGGAUGGUCCAGGGGUUGUCGGUAUGUUCCCUGUGAUGAAGCCUGGCUCAGUCUACUCGUGGAUCAGCUACACUGCCUUCUCCACAACCUAUGGAAACAUGAAGGGACAUUUCACCAUGAAAAACCUCAGGACAGGUGAAGAGGUGAACAUAGAGUGUCCAUGUUACCACAUGAAGUGUCUGCCGUACAAGAUGUCAGAGGAAAGAGCAAUCAAGAGAAAAGAGAGAAAAAAGAAAUUAUGACACCUUGUUCAAGAUGUUGUUUAUACUUGUAAAUAGUACUCGCUGUAAAAUAUUGAAACUUACAUCCCGUGAGAGGAGGCUCUACCAUGGGGGUACCACACCACGUUGUGUAAAGACAUUACACUCACUAUGGAGAGAUUUUAGUUCAAUGGUUUGGUUAUGGUAUUUAAUCUAAAAGUCCAAUGCAGUUUAGUUUUGACGGUUAGGGUUUUUGUACUUUUCAGCGCAGAUACAUUGGAGACUGACUUUAACAAGGAUAUGUUAUUUCAGAAGACAUUUACAGUUUGGACCAAACUUUGUCAGCAUGAUGUAGUGCAGUGGAAAAAUUCAGAAUUUUGUGUCCAAAGUUACAAUGUCAUGUAUAGAUAAUGCUGGGCAAAUAAUUAAGUCGGAAGUAAGGCUUAUGAAAGUGGUGUAUUUUUUUUCCUUGACCACAUUCUGGAUAUUAGAUAUAUAUAUAGAAUGUUUUGCUGACUUACAGACUGGUUGGAAUGAGGUGUGUGCUGUAAUUCA